UACAUAAAAAUUAAUAUUGUCAUUUAACAAGUAGGCAAACAACUCUGGAAUGUUUUCGGCGCCUCUCAAAUGGCUCAUCCUGCAGAAUCCGAACACUGCUGCUCACUUCGAUAAUUGCACCUACGAAUGUUUAAUCGGGAAUUUCGGCAAUUUCGCAAUUUAUCCGGAUAGCGAAGUAAUAAUCCUUCGUACGUCAUCGAGUGGCAGCAUUGACAUAAUUUCUGUCUACCGUUCGAGCCCGGGACGUGAUGUAAUUGAGGAAAAUCGCGGCUUUUGGAGGAGUAAAGAUGGUAUAAGUAUACACGACACUUAUGUGUCAUCGCGAAGAAGAAGGAAUCUCCAUCAAACAUCCUUAAAAUCCAGCAUUGUGGUAACAAAUCCAAAUACAAUAAAUCAUUUGACCGAUUAUCACGAUAAGCAUGUGGAUACUAUCACAAAAUGCAAUUACGUAUGGCUUCAUCAUAUUACUGAUGCAAUGAAUGCAACGGUUACUUACAGUAUUGUGAAUAGCUGGGGAUAUCGCGAUAAGAACGGUUCCUGGAAUGGUAUGAUGGGCCUGUUGAGUCGCAAGGAAAUUGAUAUUGGCGGCACUUCGAUGUUUCUUGUCGGGGAUCGAUGGGAUGACGUUGUCUACAUUCCUCUAUCUACUCCGACAAGGGCAGCCUUCAUAUUCCGUCAGCCGCCGCUCUCCUUCGUCAGCAACAUCUUCACGCUGCCGUUUCACCGCUCCGUCUGGAUCGCGAUCGGCGUUUUGUUCGCAGUGAUUUUCGUCAUGCUGGCGAUAUCGAGCAAGUGGGAGUGGUCGGCGAGGAACGUGGACCAGGCGCUGUACCCGACGCCAACCCUCAGCGACAAUCUCAUGCUGGUCAUUAGCAUCGUGGCUCAGCAAGGUUUUGGGCGCAAUCUUAAUACCAUAACGUCGCGGAUCAUCCUAAUGAUGCUUUUGCUGGCGGUGCUGAAUCUUUAUGCCUCUUAUUCGGCCAACAUUGUUGCCCUUUUACAAUCGACUACGACUUCGAUACAAAACUUGAGGGACUUGAUGGAGAGCCCGAUUAAGUGCGGAGCUCAAGACAUUAUCUACAACCAUUAUUAUUUUCAGUUGGAGAAAGAUCCAGUUCGAAGGCGCAUUAUAGAUUAUAAAAUAGAGCCGAGAGGAGGCAAAUCACACUGGAUGUCCGCGGAAGAUGGCAUUAAGCUCGUACGCCAAGGCUUUUUUGCAUUCUUUAUGGAAACUGGUCCGGGCUACAAGAUAAUUCAAGAGACUUUCCAGGAAGAUGAGAAGUGCGGUUUUCGCGAGAUGUACUUUAUCGAGCACUUCGAUCCGACAUUCACGAUCGUCAAGCAAUCGCCGUACGGGGAAAUUAUACGAGUCAAUUCACUGAAGAUCGAGGAAUCGGGACUGAAAUCGAGAGAAAUGUUACGAUUUUAUACGAAACGUCCUAUUUGCAAUGGACUCCAAAAAUUUAUAAACGUUGGCCUCAGCGAUUGCUAUUUUGCAUUUCAUUUGGUUGGUUACGGUACUAUAGCCGCUGUCCUGUUGCUGUUUUUCGAAAUAUUAUGGAAGCGAAGGUAAG